AUGAUACAUGAUGCUCUACUACAAAUUAAUUUCAUUUUUACAAGAAAGUAUUAUCUAGUAGAUGCAGGAUAUCCUAACAGGAUUGGUUAUCUUGCCCCAUAUAGAGGUGAAAGAUAUCAUUCGUCUCAAUUUGAAAAUGGCCGCCGAGCAUCGGGACCUCAUGAGGUAUUCAACCAUGCACACUCAUCGCUUCGAAAUGUCAUAGAAAGAACUUUUGGGGUAACAAAGAAUAGGUGGCCGAUUCUGAGAAAUAUGCGGUCAUUCCCGUUCCCGAUUCAAGUGGAAAUUGUGAUAGCGUGCAUGGCACUUCACAAUUAUAUUCGAUUAAGGGUGACAGAUGAUGACGAGUUCAUGGAAAUCGAUGAAGAACCAAGUUGUUCAUAUGAAGAAGGUCCUAGUAACGCUACUGCGGCAGAGAAUGUAGGGGAUUCGGAUCUACGUGACGACCAUACAAUGACGCGUGUUUGGGAUCUUAUUGCAAACAAACUUGUCCGUCGGAGGGAGCGUAAUUGA